GGCGCUACGAAUUCGGUUAGUCAAUUUAUCCGGGUUAUAACUCGUAUUCUUAUAGAUUAUAUCUUAUACCGGUCGCUCCCCUUUCUAGACGAUAUUAGUAUUAAGAGGCCGAAGACUAAUUAUAGUAGGGAGGAACUUAAGCCUAGUCUAUAG